AACCUACUUAUAAAGCGUCGGAAAAGCGGUCCUAUAAAAAGCGAAAAACAUUAUAGAAAACUUCAGUACGACAUCAACUGCUGAUCAAAAUGCGUUUUGCUUUACUAGCUGCUUUGACUUUGGCUCUUGUGGGCUUAACCAGAGGAUCGGCCACUGAAGCAGACAAACAAAAAUUCUGCGGCUUCCUUAAAGAAGUGGAGACUAAACGAAUGUUUUUGUCAAACUCUUUAGCACGAAAAGCUAUACAAGUCGGUGUAGAAGUUUCGAAAAUGCUAGACCGCAGUUCAAGCUUUAGAGAGUUCAUAAAUGACAAACGUCACAUAGCUUACUCAGAUCCCAUAAGCCAAAUCAAGUUUCUUUUGCGUUUCCGUUGCAACUACAAGAAAAUGAUCCUAUGCAAUAGGAAAUAUAACAGCAAUCCCGAAUACAGAAGUAUCUACAACGCUUACAAAUCGGAAAGCAAUGCAGUGAUUGCGGAAUUCGAUCGAAAAAUGGAGCGAGAUGCUAACCAAAUGCUGAGCCAAAUGCGAAGCGCAUCAGUCUCAACCAAAGAUGCAUUUGAUGACCAUAUCAGAUCUUAUUUAGAUCGUAAAGGAAUAGUUUCCCACUGCAUGAUGGAUCGGUUUUUGGAGAGAGCGAAGGCCGAGUACGAAUGUACUUACGAGAUGUACUAUCUUUAAUGUUAAAAUAAAUAUAUUUUUUGUUAAAUAACAUAAAAUCUUUAAUAUUUUAUUUUAAACAAAGUAUAUUUUAUGUAA